UUUACCAACGAUCACAUCUAACUCAGGAUUUUAUUAACAAACUUAAGACUUGCUUCAUCUAAACCAAAAAUUAUUUAAAAUGAGAUCGACUGUUUUUAUCAUAGUUAUCAUAAGCGUAAUAUCUAUUAACUAUACAGUGUUAUCUCAGCGCCAGUCGAAGAGACCUAUUCCAGUUUUCAAAGAUAACAUGCCAACGUUAUUGUUACCAAAUAAUGCAACAGCUAUAAGAGAGAAUAUUGUUGAUACAUUUUCGUGUGAAAAUCGAAUUUAUGGAUAUUACGCGGAUGUAGAUAAUGAAUGCCAAAUAUUUCAUGUCUGCUUGCCGCAACAAAGAGGAUCGAUAAGAUGGAGUUUCAUUUGCCCCAUCGAAACAGUUUUUAAUCAGGAAACUUUUGUUUGUACAAGGAUCAAUGAUUCAAUCCCUUGUGAAGAGUCUGAACAGUAUUAUGUUUUGAAUGAAGAACUUGGAAAAGAUGAAAAAGAAGAAGAAGAGAAAGAAAAACCUGAAGAAAAUGCAACAUAUUAUCCAUUGGAUUUUGACAAUGAAUUACCAGUGACACCAUUUACAAGAAAUUUACGAAGAAGAGGGAAAUCUGACCGUCGAGGAAUAAGUAAUGACGAUAAAAAUAAGUCGAAUAACAUGACUGAAAGUUCAAGACCUGAAAACUCAGCCACGACACUGAGAUCUACUUCGUUGCGUCAGAGAUUGAGAAUAUAAUUUAUAUAGGAGUUAAAAAAAGUAGCGUAAGAGAAACAAAUCAUUAAAUAUGUGAAUAGGAAUAUUAAUAUUGUAUUUCUCAUAAUACAGGAAUAAUUAGAACAAUUUUAAAAAUAUAUACAAUGAAUAACAAUUUUUAAUUUAUUGAUAGCUCUGAAAUCUUGUUUAGAAUUAGUCUCAUUCUAAAUUAUCUAUAAAAUUAAUAUUUCAACACGACUAUGUGAAUAUAAUUGUAACUUAAACAGACGCAAAGCAUAAUUUCCACAAAUGUCCCAAGCCUUUAAAUAUUUACAUUUUAUAUAAUAAUUUGAUAGCACAAGUUAAAUUGACAGAAUUACUCAUCUACUAUGUACAAUAGCUGAUAUGUAUUGAUAUUGGUUUUCAGCUUAAAAAUAUAGUUAUCUUACAUAUUAUUUAAAUAAUACUUAAUAUAGAAUUGAACAUAUUUGAAUAUAAAAUGAUUGUGAAACCGAGCUGAAAGUCUACAGCAUUUUUUUCGUUUUUGAUCUUUGGAUAACUAGCCUUGUAUUCAAAGACAAAUUCAAGUCUUGCUGCUAUUUAGUAUUCAAAGAGCAAUUAUUACCAUCGAGCAAAUGAACGAAAUAACUUACACUAUAACUAACACUUGAGACAAAGCAAACUGUAUAAAAUAAAAGAAUUAAUUAAUCAAAAAACUUAA